AUGAAAUCGGACGAUACAGAGUCACUCGAUGUCGAUGAAGCUGUCGAUAUUGACUUGCCAGAUGUCGACAUGGACCCUUUUACAGGGAUUAAACCCUUUCUUCUUUCCUGCAUUCCACUUUUUCUUCUUUUCUUGCUCAAGUUUUCUACGAAGCACAUUCAAGAUGGCCUCCUGAUCUUAGGCCUCCUUCUCACCGCUUUCCGACUGAACUCAACGGUCGUCCGGUUGAUUCAACUAAAACGCCACUAUUCAAAAAUCAAAUGCAUUAAAGUAUUCCUCAUCUGCGCCGGAAUUAUUGCCUAUCUUGAUAUCGCCUUGGAAGAUGUCGAGCUUGCAAAAGUCUUUUCUUUUGAAUCAAUCACCGAAGACGCAAAAGACGGACUCGGUGCAAUCUGGUGCAUUCUCUACUCGGAUGGAAUCUUCAAACUAGCUACCGUCGGGGUCAAAGCUCUCGUCGUCAUGUCCGGUCCACAAGUCGUAUCGUUUUUCAGAAGAGGCUGUCUGCUCUCAAUUGUUGAAUUGGCUUCGCAGGCAAUGAGAGCGAUUUUUCCCGGAAUGCAACUUACCCAGUACAUUUUCAAGGACACGGAAGAUGCUUUCUUUUCGCUGUAUUUUUGCUACUUAGUAUUCGCGGGCUUCGUUCUCUUCAAAUUGUAUCAAGUCUUCAUUGCAGUCUACCGAAUUCGAAUACCUGUCCGAUACAUAAUGAACCAGCCGGAACUAGGCAAGAGAGUACAGGUCCAGGAUGCAUUUUGUGAUCUUUCUCAAAAAACACUAACAGGCGAAGCAAUACGGCUGAAAACGAGACACCAUGAGCAGUUCUAUCUCGAAGAGGAUUUCUACCAUUGGAUGGCAACGUAUGGUGUUGAUCCGGAAACGGGAAUAACUAUGUGCCCGAUUCCUGGAGGCAAUGGGCACACUUCUAUGAAGAUAACGCUGUAUUAA